CACUAACCAAUGUUCACGCCCAGAGUACGGCACCUAGCCCUUUCCAGGCUCGGUCGAUUCCAACGUCUUCCUUUGAGGUCACCUUUCGUAUCCCAGUCACGUUCGUUGACGUUUUCUCCCGGUCAGUUGGGGGCAUUGAAACGAUAUGGUUUCGUGGUGAAUAUCUUAGCUGGUGCUUAUAUCGGAGGCCUAUUGGUCUGUUUUGGGCUGUUCUACAUGCUUUACAACGAUGUAAAUGAGAGACAGCACAUUCCACUCGAAAUCGGCUUCUACAACAACAUAGCUGCCGUUAAAGCUAUCAACAAGGAUGAUGUGCUAAAGAGUCCCAGAUACGCAGUGAAGCACUACAGACGCAUAUUGAUCGAAUUGGCAAAAGAAGGCAAUCCAGACUUUGAUUUCGAUGAAAAUGGGCCAAACAAGUACGACGUGCCUUUGUUGGAUUCGAAAGUCUUGGUGUACGAGAAGUCGAAUGCAUUUGCCAACUUCUACAUCGACAUUGUCUUGAGAUACUCCAAGGCAUUGUUGGCUAAGGGAGAGCUUCAAACUUCCAUCUCUAUGUUGCAGAAGGUGAUCAAUGACGACGAUAUCUUCUAUAAGUUGGGGGAUGCUGAAAGAGUCUCGCAGUGCUGCAGACUUUUGAGCAAGGUCUGUCCUGAUAAAUCGGAUAAAAUCUCAUACUUGAAGCGGUCUAUUGACAUGCUCACCCACACAUAUUCCUCGAUACAAUUGGACGAAAACUACCUCUUGCAAGGCUCGUCCAGAAUAACGGAUGAAUUGAUGAUUUGCUUGAACGACCUCGCUGCUAACUAUGCCAAAGCCAGCAACGACAAUCCUGCACUUCUCAGCUCCUCUCUUAACAUAUACUUAUCCAACUUGAAGGUCUUAACGGAUCUUAGACAAAGAUUGGACAAUAACCUUCUUUCGCAAACACAGUAUCCUUUGUUCAACUGUGAUGAAAUCAAUCUUAUCAUGCUCGGCUGUGAGUUGAAAGCGCACAUCAGUGAAAUCAUGUGGGCCAAGGGCUACAAGAAGAACGCAAUUGCAUGGGGUGAAGAGGUGGUCGAGGAGAUUUACUUCAACCACAGCAACACCAAACGAGCUUCACCCAUCUUGUUCAACGUUCUCGGCAACUUGCUGGUAAUGUACGACAACUUGGGAGAUUUGAAGUCCAAGAACAGAUGCGACAAGCUCAAACUGGAGCUUGAGGUUUUUGAAGGUGAAGAAGUCGGGUGGUACGAUAGUAUUAUCAGCAGGUUCAGUAAGAUUAUGUAUCACAAAGGGCCAUUGGGAAUCAUUGAAAAACCCUUGACUGAGAGAUACGGCAGACCCACAAGAGUUCCUGAAAUUGAGGAGAUUGAAGAUGAGGACGAAGAGUAAGCAUGAAGGUAUCCUAAACUGAAAGUGAGUGUAUUGAAGAUUCGAACCCAUAAUGGAAUCCUCGUCAUGUCCAACAUUUAGAGGAACCUGAGGAAAGUUCCUCAUCUUGUUGAAUUACCAUCAUGAUUUUACACAGUUCAAAAGAUUACUUCUAUACAUAGAUUCUGAACAUUCUGUAUAUAUUAAACAACGAC